GUGAGAGCUCCGCUCCCGUCUUCCCUCCCGAAAGCCAAAACCCUAACCCUCGCCGCCCGCCGCCCGGCACCGCCAUGGACGACGCUGGCGAAGAAGGCGCCGGCUUCACCACGUACGCUCAAGUCGAGGAGUACUUCAACUCCCUGGCCCUGGACGGCCCGUCCGCGCAGGAGCGUAUCGACUGCAUCGUCCCCAUGCUCGUCUCCCUCCUCCCCCCGCCGUACGUCCCCGCCCCAGAGGUCGAGUCCGACUCCGACGACGAGCGAUUCUCCCUCACCUCCUCCGACUCCGAGGCCUCCGACGCCGGGGCGGAUCACUACGCGUUCGCGGCGGCGCCGGGCGACGGCGAGGACCGCAUCAGCCGCCUCCCGGACACGCUCCUCGCCGACAUCAUCCACCGCCUCCCCACCAAGGACGCCGGGCGCACCGCCGCGCUCUCCACGCACUGGCGCCGCGUGUGGGCCGGGACCCCGCUCCUCGUCGACGACGCCCACCUCCUCGGCGCCGGCGGGACCUCCGACGUCCCCGUCGUGCGCGCCCUCUCGCGCUGCGUGGCCGCGCACCCCGGCCCCGUCCGCGGCGUGCGCGUCACCCGCGUCUCCUUCUACGCGCACGAGUACGCGCUCCGGCGCCUGGUCGCGGACCUCGCCGGCAAGGACGUCCAGGACCUCAUCCUCUUCAACCGCCCGUGGCCGCUCGACAUGCCGCUCCCCGAUGACAUCCUCCGCUGCGCCUCCCUCGACCGCCUCUACCUCGGCGUGUGGCACUUCCCCAAGACGGCCGCAGCGCACCCGCCCGCGUUCCCUGACCUCCGCGAGCUCGGUCUCUUCCACAGCCUCGUCCCCAACCAAGAACUCGAGGCCCUGCUCGCCCACUGCCCCAAGCUGGAGGUCCUCUCCCUCGUCAUGUCGUACAACGAUCCGUCACGUCUCCGCCUCGCCUCUGACAGCCUCAAGAUCGCGGUGGACUGGAUGUCGUCCUUCAACGAGGUCGUCGUGGAAGACGCCCCAAGCCUCGAGCGCCUGCUCUUCGAGAGCAUUGGCAAUAGGAGGCCUGUCAAGAUUGUUGAUGCACCGAGGCUGGAGGUGCUCGGGGCACUCGACCUUGACCUCCACACGCUCGAGAUCGGUGGCACUGUCAUCAAGGCUGGGAUUAACGUGAGUGCUAGCAACAUGGUACCAAGCUUGAAGAUACUGGCUGUGAAGGUUCAGUUUGCCUGCAACAGGGAGGCCAAGAUGCUGCCGACUUUGCUCAAGUGCUUUCCUCGCCUGGAGACGCUUCACAUCAUGCCCGUUCCAUCCGAUUCACCAGACAGCGUACAUGACUUGAGGUUCUGGGAGCACCGGGGUCCUUGUGAGUGCCUGGAAUCGCAUCUGGAGACUGUCAUUGUCCAUGGGGUGUCCCUGUCGGAGGGUCAUGGGGUUGGGUUUAUCCGGUACAUCAUGAGAGAUGGCAAGGCACUCAAGACCGUGGCCUUUGUUUGCAGCGAUGAGAAGGUGAGGGGCUUCAGAGAGUCAGCUGAAGGUGGAAGUGGUGAAGUUGCUAUAUGUAUGGUCGCCCCACGCUGGAGCUUCCGAGCUGCCAUUGAUUCGUCACUGGACGACCCCUUCUAUGCGGUGUGGGCUCAGGCAUGAGGAUGCUGGUGCUGGUGUGUUACUAUCACACAUUUUAGAGAUGGAGUUUGCAGUGCUUAGGAUAUGGUGGUUGCAUUCUGGUUCUUGAGGAGUAUUGGUAUGGGGAGAAACUUGCACAUGAAGAUCUGUAAGCCAGUUUCACUAUUAGAAUCUGAUUUGUGUUUUUCUGGAGAGGAAUAGGAUUCUGGGUUAUGUUUGUACUUCUUUUCUGCAUGUUAUUUGGCCCCUCUAUUUUAGUCUGGUAAAGUACUCGGAUUUGCGGAAUCAGGCUGGAACUUCUACUUGUCAGUCUGUUUUGUCAUCUGUUUGUCUUCUGCAGCUGCAUGUUGUGGCUAUGUUAAGUACUCAGAUGCGUUUAAUCUAUCUGAAACUUCGACAUGUAAUCAUCAUCAGUCUGUUAAGUUUCCA